CUGUAAAGAUGGGGUCUUGCUAUGUUGUCCAGGAUGGUCUCAAACUCCUGGGCUCAAGCGAUCCUCCUGCUUUGGCCUCCCAACGUGCUGGCGAUAUAGGUAUGAGCCAGGCCACAUUGCUGAACUUGGAAAGUGGAGCAAAGAAUCAUACAAAAAAUUAAGAAAACCAAAACGAAACCAAGGCGAACUCAAUUGCAUUUUUUUUUUUUUUCAGCGCGACACUUUGUAAGGCAGGAACCUCUCUCUUAGGCGGACCUAUUCCAGGGCGCCCUUCAUUUUCAUUUCUUGAAACAACAGCCUCGCAGGCCAAGCCGCGGUUCCCGAGAACUCGGCUGCCACCCGGAGCAGGUUGCAUGGACCCAGGAGCCCGAGCGGCCCUGCUCUGCCAGCUUCGGCCAAUCAGAGGCCAGGCAGCGGUGGGCGUGGCGUGGGGCGGUGCGCGGGGUGGGCGGCGGCUGGGGCGCGUGCUCUCGCUUGGUCGCUGGGUCUGCGCCUUCCCGGGCCAGUGUGCUGAGGCCUCCGUGUCGCUGCUGCCGCCCGCGCCUAGCCUGCCGCGGCACUCCCGGCUGCAAGCUUUGCUUGGCCUCGCCAUGCCGGUGGACCUCAGCAAGUGGUCCGGGCCCUUGAGCCUGCAAGAAGUGGACGAGCAACCGCAGCACCCGCUGCAUGUCACCUACGCCGGGGCUGCGUUGGACGAGCUGGGCAAAGUGCUAACGCCCACUCAGGUUAAGAAUAGACCCACCAGCAUUUCGUGGGAUGGUCUUGAUUCAGGGAAGCUCUACACCUUGGUCCUGACAGACCCGGAUGCUCCCAGCAGGAAGGAUCCCAAAUACAGGGAAUGGCAUCAUUUCCUGGUGGUCAACAUGAAGGGCAAUGACAUCAGCAGUGGCACAGUCCUCUCCGAUUAUGUGGGCUCAGGGCCUCCCAAGGGCACAGGCCUCCACCGCUAUGUCUGGCUGGUUUACGAGCAGGCCAGGCCGCUAAAGUGUGACGAGCCCAUCCUCAGCAACCGAUCUGGAGACCACCGUGGCAAAUUCAAAGUGGCGUCCUUCCGUAAAAAGUACGAGCUCGGGGCCCCGGUGGCCGGCGCGUGUUACCAGGCCGAGUGGGACGACUAUGUGCCCAAACUGUACGAGCAGCUGUCUGGGAAGUAGGGGGUUAGCUUGGGGAUCUGAAGUGUCCUGGAGGCCCCAAUCCCUGUUCCCUAGUUCAGUGUUGCAUGUAUAAUAGAUUUCUCCUCUUCCUGCCCCCCUUGGCACAGACACCUGACCAGUCGGAUGGUGUUUGAGGGUGACUUUUCCUGCUGCCUGACCUUUCUAAUUUUACUCACUCUGAUUUAUGUUUUGAUCAAAUUUGAACUUCAUUUUGGGGGAUAUGUUGGUACUAUGAUGGGGUCAUCAAAUUGUUCAUCUGAAAAUAGCAACCCAGAAUGUAAAAAAGAAAAAAUCGGGGAGUGGGGGAAGACCAGUUCUACAGUGACAGAGCAAAGCGUCAAAUAAUCUUUAAGGGAAGUUAAAAAAAAAAAAAAAAAGAUUGGUUGCCUCUGCCUUUGUGAACCUGAGUCCAGAAUGGUACACGAUGUGUUUUUAUGGUGAUGUCGCUCACCUAGACAAGCAGAGGCUGGCAUUGAGGCUGGCCCCCAACAUGGUACAUCUCAGAUGCCUCGACAGGCAUCAGCAUGUCGCUGUGCCCCCUUUAAAGAGCAGUCCUGGGAGAGGCAGGAGGAGGAGUGGCUUUGCUGCCGUUGGGACGUGGCCAUCGAGACCAGCAGCAGCGCUCGCUGACAGCUUAGGAGGAAUCCUUACAUCUUUGUCUGUUAAAUUGAUCGUUCUUCAUGGGGGUCAGAAAAGCUGGUCUGGAAUUGCUGAAUGUUGCAUUAAUUGUGCUGUUUGCUUAUAGUUGAAUAAAAAUAGAAACCUGAAUGGA